GUCCAGAGGAAUUCCACUGAGAGAAACCACAGUCAAGGCCUUCUUCUGUUUCACUUCAGCAACCUUGAAUUGAAUCCCUAAGCAAAAAGGGUCUUCAACGUCACCGGGAUGGCGGAGGCACAUCAGGCGGUUGGCUUCCAGUUCACCGUCACCCCAGAUGGCAUCGACCUCCACCUGAGCCGCGAGGUACUCAAACACAUCUACCUGUCAGGAGUGACAUCAUGGAUAAAGCGCGCCAUAAGAUUUAAGAAUGGGAUAUUGACAGGGGUCUACCCUGCCAGCCCAUCCAGUUGGCUGAUUGCUGUGAUAGCCAUCAUGAGCACCAUGUAUGCCAGGAUAGACCCAUCACUGGGAAUGAUAGAUACCAUCAAGAGGACCCUGCCUGUCAGUGACUACAUGACAGUGCAGACCCAGACAGUGCUGAGUGCCAUCCUGUUUGCCACGGGCCUGUGGCUCUCUCUCAUCCUCAUGCUGAGGUACAUUCUCAAGGCCCUUCUCUCCUACCACGCCUGGAUCUUUGAGUCCCACGGCAAAAUGAGCUUCUGCACCAAACUCUGGCUGAGUCUGGUCAAGAUGUUCUCUGGGCGCAGACCUCUCCUCUACAGCUUCCAGGCCUCCCUACCCAGACUACCUGUGCCUAGCGUGGACGACACCAUAACCAGGUACCUGGAGUCAGUGCGCCCCCUGCUGGAUGAUGAGCAGUACAACCAGAUGGAGGUGGUGGCCAAUGACUUCAAGAGAGAUGAGGCACCCAAACUCCAGAAAUACCUCAUCCUCAAAUCCUGGUGGGCUACUAACUACGUGAGUGAUUGGUGGGAGGAGUACAUCUACCUGAGAGGCAGGAGUCCCAUCAUGGUCAACAGUAACUUCUACGCCAUGGAUCUGCUGUACGUGAUUCCCACACACAGACAGGCAGCUCGGGCAGGGAAUGUGGUUCACGCUAUGCUGCAGUACCGACGCAAACUAGAGAGAGGAGAACAUGCACCGUUGAGGGCUCUGGGGGUGGUGCCCAUGUGUUCCUAUCAGAUGGAGAGGAUGUUCAACACCACACGUAUCCCUGGCAUAGAGACAGACUUUGUUCAGCACCUGAGUGACCGGAAGCACCUGGUGGUGUACCAUAAGGGCCGCUUCUUUAAGGUGUGGCUGUACUACGGGGGGCGUCACCUCUGGCCCUCUGAGCUGGAGACUCAGUUCCAGAGGAUCCUCGACGACACCACGGAGCCACAGCCUGGGGAACUCAAACUGGCUGCCCUCACAGCCGGCAACAGAGUUCCUUGGGCGCGGUCUCGUCUGAAGUACUUCAGCCAGGGUGUUAACAAAGCCUCUCUGGAGGCCAUCGAGACGUCAGCCUUCUUCCUCACCCUUGACGACGAGGCACACGGUUACGACCCUGACAAGCUGAGAUCAUUGGACCUGUACGCCAAGUCCCUGCUGCACGGGAAGUGUUAUGACAGGUGGUUUGACAAAUCCUUCACCCUGAUCGCUUAUAAGAAUGGUAAACUAGGGGUCAAUGCAGAACACUCGUGGGCAGACGCUCCCAUUGUAGGACACAUGUGGGAGUACGUCCUAGCAACAGACUGCUUCCAUCUGGGUUACACAGAGGAGGGACACUGCAAAGGAGACAUCAACAAGGGCCUGCCUCCCACCGCCAAACUACAAUGGGACAUUCCAUUGGAGUGCCAGGAGGUCAUUGAGGAUUCCUACAUGGUUGCCAAGGAGAUAGCUGAUGACGUGGACUUCCAUGGCUGUCUGUUUGAUGAGUUUGGGAAAGGCCUGAUCAAGACGAGUAGGACCAGUCCUGAUGCCUUCAUACAGCUAGCACUGCAGCUGGCUCAAUUCAGGGAUAAGGGGGAGUUCUGUCUGACGUAUGAGGCCUCGAUGACCCGGAUGUUCCGUGAGGGUAGGACAGAGACGGUUCGCUCCUGCACCAUAGAGUCCACAGCCUUCGUCAGAGCCAUGCAAGACAAGAACACUAAGAGUGCCCAGAGGUUGGACCUCUUCCGGAAGGCUGCAGACAAACACCAGAAUAUGUAUCGUCUGGCCAUGACAGGCUCUGGCAUCGACAGACACCUCUUCUGUCUUUACAUCAUGUCCAAGUACCUCAACAUCGACUCACCAUUCCUCAAACAGGUGUUGUCAGAGCCCUGGAGGUUGUCCACUAGUCAGACUCCUCAACAGCAGCUCAACAUGGUCGACAUCAACAAGUUCCCAAGAUACGUGGGUGCAGGAGGGGGGUUUGGCCCUGUGGCUGAUGACGGCUAUGGCGUCUCUUACAUCAUUGUAGGAGAGAACCUCAUCACAUUCCACAUCUCCAGCAAGUUCUCCAGCCCUGAGACGGACUCGUACCGCUUUGGACAGAACAUUCGACAGGCCAUGCUGGACAUUCGUGCGCUAUUCGACCAAAACGACAAGAAAGAGAUGUGAUGAGUAGACAGGCUGAAAGGUCUUUAUAGACUUCAUACCACAUUUUCAUGCUCUGUGACAUUACAUUAUUUCCAAAACGGCUAGUCUCUUCUGGGUAAUGCCUUUAGAAUGGGUCAAGUUAUAGAUAUUUUGGAUAUUUACUCAGUUAGCAGGAGGGAACUGUUUUGUAGAAAUAAAUAUUUAAUAAAGCAUUAUGACUUUAUUUCGCACUAUCCCUUCUAUAAAAUGGCAGUGAAUUUUUAACAUAGUAUUGAACCAAUUUUGGCAAGAGCAAUGAAGCACAAAAUGCCUUGGUAGCCUUAAAGAACAUUGAUUCAUAUGAUAUAGUAAUGUAGGUUAAGGAUAGGCAAGGCAUCUGUUUAGUUCAAAGGCAGUUAUAUUUGCAUCUGAUUGUAAUAUGUGUACACUUGUAAAUAGCACUGUUUUGAGUAUUUAAGUGUUGUAAUAUAUAAGGUAGUAUAUCUGAAUCUGUUAUCUGAAUCGUAUGUACAGUUGAAGUCGAAAGUUUACAUACACUUCUGUUGGAGUCAUUAAAACUCGUUUAUCAACCACUCCACAAAUUUCUUGUUAACAAACUAUAGUUUUGGCAAGUAAUUUUUCCAACAAUUGUUUACAGAUUAUUUGACUUAUAACUCACUAUCACAAUUCCAGUGGGUCAGAAGUUUACAUACACUAUGUUGAAUGUGCCUUUAAACAGCUUGGAAAAUUCCAGAAAAGUAUGUCAUGGCUUUAGAAGCUUGUGAUAGGCUAAUUGACAUCAUUUGAGUCAAUUGGAGGUGUACUUGUGGAUGUAUUUCAAGGCCUACCUUCAAACUCAGUGCCUCUUUGCUUGACAUCAUGGGAAAAUCAAAUUAAAUCAUCCAAGACAAGCAAUUUCCAAACGCCUGAAGGUACCACGUUCAUCUGUACAAACAAUAGUAAGCAAGUAUAAACACCAUGGGACCACGCAGCCAUCAUACCCGCUCAGGAAGGAGAUGCAUUCUGUCUCCUAGAGAUGAACAUUUGUUUGUGCGAAAAGUGCAAAUCAAUCCCAAAACAACAGCAAAGGACCUUGUGAAGAUUCUGGAGGAAACAGGUACAAAAGUAUCUAUAUCCACAGUAACACUAGUCCUAUAUCGACAUAACCUGAAAGGCCGCUCAGCAAGGAAGAAGCUACUGCUCCAAAACCGCCAUAAAAAGAGCCAGACUAUGGUUUGCAACUGCACAUGGGGACAAAGAUUGUAUUUUUUGGAGAAAUGUCCUCUGGUCUGAUGAAACAAAAAUAGAACUGUUUGGCCAUAAUGACCAUCGUUAUGCUUGGAGGGAAAAGGGGGAGGCUUGCAAGCUGAAGAACACCAUCUCAACCGUGAAGCACGAGGGUGGCAGCAUCAUGUUGUGGGGGUGCUUUGCUGCAGGAGGGACUGGUGCACUUCACAAAAUAGAUGGCAUCAUGAGGGAGGGAAAUUAUGUGUAUAUAUUGAUGCAACAUCUCAAGACAUCAGUCAGGAAGUUAAAGCUUAGUCACAAAUGGGUCUUACAAAUGGACAAUGACCCCAAGCAUACUUCCAAGUUGUGGUAAAAUGGCUUAAGGACAACAAAAUCCUUAAGCCACCCAACUUAUUGUGGGAAGCUUGUGGAAGGCUACCUGAAACGUUUGAACCAAGUUAAACAAUGUAAAGGCAAUGCUACCAAAUACCAAUUGAGUCUAAACUUCUGACCCACUGGGAAUGUGAUGAAAGAAAUAAAAGCUGAAAUAAUAGUUCUCUACUAUUAUUCUGACAUUUCACAUUCUUAAAAUAAAGUGAUCCUAACUGACCUAAAACAGGGAAUUUUUAUUAGGAUUAAAUGUCAGGAAUUGUGAAAAACUGAGUUUAAAUGUAUUUGGCUAAGGUGUAUGUAAACUUAAGAAUUCAACUGUAUCAGGUUCAGGUUCAACUGUAUGUGUUUAGAGUGUAUUAUAAUAAAGGAUAUGUUGAUUGUU